UUUCAGAGGGCAAAGUCAAAACAGAGCAAAAACCGAAACUGAACAGCGAAGACAGAUGUAUGUGCUCCAAAGGUGGAUUUCAAAAUGGAAUCAAGUUGGGUUUCGAGACGAAGAAACUGGACCGAAGUGUUAGCUUCGAUCAUCGUUAUUAUCACUCUUAUUGAGUUCUUCCCCCAAAUCGACGCAGCUUGUUCUUCAUCGUGCGGUAAAAUCACCAACAUAUCGCAUCCAUUUCGCCUGCAAGGUGAUCCCAAACGUUGCGGAGACAAGAAUUAUGAGUUACAGUGUAUCUACGGCGGCGGCGGUUCCGGCGACAACGAUGUCCUCGUAUUGCCCAUUCUCUCCGGCGAAUUCUAUGUGCAGUCGAUCAACUACACAUUCUCCAGCAUCCGACUGGUUGAUACAAACUUCCAUGAUGAUCGCUCCAAUAAUUGCUCCUCCCUCCCUCGCUACGUCCUUCACGCCGGGAAUCUCAGUAGCUCCGGCAUCAUCUGGAGUCUCGGAUACCCUAAUUUUGAAGUGAUAUACAUAAAGUGUGAAAGAGAAAUAAGGGACAAUCCGUAUUACGUCAGCACCGAUCCAUGCUUGUCGGGUUCGCAUAUUUACGCAGUUCCGGGGAACAUAUCGUUCGCGGAGUUGGAGAUCGGCUGCCGCGCUGUCGCCGUCACGCCGUCGAAGAUUCCUUAUGAUGAGUUCCUUAAGCUGCCGUACGUUGACAUCCACCGGAAUUUGCAGGCCGUUGGAUUCGAGAUUCUGUGGGGUUAUAAAGUAAGUUACGUAUUUUUAAUUUUUAAUUCUAUGAAAUUCUUAAUUAUUUGGGAAAAUAUCACUUCAGGUUUAUUUUAAUUUUAGUCCUUAUAAUUUAUUUUUAUGAUUUUACAUCCUUUCGUUCUAAUUUAUAUUGAUGUUCGUCCUGUAUUUUGAAAAAUACUCAGGACUUUAAAAUGACCUAAACGGUAUUAAUUUUGCUAAGGUAGAGUUAACACAAUUAAAUUCAUUAGAUUUUUUUUAAUCAA